AUGGGGAGCCUCAGGAACAUUAUGAAUGUCGAUGACGACCACGUCGACUCGCACUCCAUAAGAAGGGACCGGAGGCCGACUUCGAGAACUUCUAUUGAUCAAGAUCUCUCCGUCCCCAUGCCCAGAUAUAAUAUCCCGGUGGAUCUAUCAAGGCAAACAUCACCUCCUCACAUCCUCCACCCUGCAGCGCCACCCCUGGGAUAUAACAGCCACCCUGGCGGUCGCCGACGCAGCAACACUAGCACCGAUUCCAUGGACUCCUCCUACGGACAGAGCCAGAACCAUACAUCAUACUACACAGGAACAGCAAUGAGGCCCAUCAUGUCAGGAGCCAGCUCAGGAGAUCACCCUGUCAAGCUGACGCCCAUUACUGGACGAGUCAGUCGGGCCAAGAAGGGUGUUCCAGUUCAUACUUGUGAUGUCUGCCGGCCUCCAAAGCUGAGCCAUCAACCACCCGAAUUAUCCUGCACGGUUUCCGGUUGUAAGAAGGUCUUUUACCGAAAAGACCUAUUAGAUCGACACCUACAGAGACAUGGCGAACACGAGGGCAAGUUGAACAGAGAUUCGUCACGACGGCGACGCUCCGGCAGCAGCCCAACUCGACCGUAUAGCAGCUCGCCACCGGCACCGACAAGGCAAACGACCUCUCCCUAUGGCGUUGGAGCUGCCACUACACCGGCCCCCAGCGUAGCAAUCGUCUCAGGUCACUGGUCAUCCGUCAACAAAUCAACGCCGCAAGGGAACGCAAUGCAAUCACCACACAUGCGAGACACACAGAGUGCAUAUCAGAUGGCAGAUAUGAGCGUGGUCGACCCAGUUACUGCCGUACAGAUCCCAAACUCCCGAGUGGUCCCUACCUACGACGAGUCCCGUUCUACUGGCUUGGGUGUGCUGAACCCCCAAGUUCCAGAGCUCUGUAUGCCCGAAACGACCCCUCCAAACAUUCCCUGGACGGAUAGCUCAGGCAUUCCAUCGACGGCUUCCGGGAGCGCCUACUCGACGCCGGCAUCCGGUAGCUCCAAGUUCCAACAGUCGUCAGCUCGGGCUCAUACUGCAGAGUGGAGCGGACAGAUGCCGUCUUAUACCACAUCCCCAAGCCCCGUCAUUACUGACAACGGUUAUCCCAUGUCAUUCACUUAUGCAGCUACCCCUCCACAGCUCUAUUCUUCAGUAUAUGGAGAUAGUUUGGGGGCUCCAUUUCCUGGCUACGAACACGGCGCGAACCUCUACAGCCCACAACAAAUGCUCGACACAACAGUCCGUAGCAUGUCUCCGCCACAGCUGAUUGUAGGUCAGUCCGCGGAGACCAUGAUUGCGGCGCCGUCUGCGUUGCCUGUGGAUCGUAUGAUGUACCCUCGCACUUGUAGCCGCGAGCCUGUAGAUGCUCUUGGCCUGUAUACCCUAAUGCCGACAGCUCUAAGCCAUGGAAUUCGGAGCAUGAUUCCGACUUACAUCGAGGUAUACUGGGAUAAGGUUCAUUCCAUGUACCCCAUCAUCCACAAGCCAACGUUUGAAAACCCGACGAAUAUGCCUGAGGAGCAUCUGGAGAUUCUUCAGUGUUCUAUGGCAGCCAUCGCCACUCAAUUCCUCGAGCACGAGGAGCACCGCGCCAAUGGACAUCAACUGCAUACCUAUGCUAUGGACAAGGCGAAGAUUGUCAUCCACGCACAAUCCACUUUCCCGUCGACCCUCGGGCCAUGCGACGCCUCUCAGCAAUGGAGGAUUUGGGUUCAUAUGGAAUCAAGGAGGCGUCUCUUGUCUGCCUGCUUCUUGCUUGAUGUCCAUGCAAUGUCCUUCCUGGAACAGCCCCGUGCUGCGACUCUGGGUCUGGAUUAUUCCGACCCCGCGACACUCCCGAUCCCCUUGUCAAUGGGCACACUGAUGCAAUGGGACGCGCAGAAUUACCAAGAAUGGAGCAGCAUUGCCCAACCAGCCAUGCCAGCGACUGUUGGGGCUACGAUUCUUGAAACCAUUUCUGCCGCGGAUAUUGCUUCGAUUCCGGCCUUUGACGCCUCGUUGUUUUUGGUCGCACAUGUGCUGCAACUCCCCCAGCGACAAUCUCUCACCAAGAUUAACCUCUUGGAUGAUGCAUCGAGUAUCAGCAUGAACCACUUCAGGAUCAUGAAUUUGUUCCCAUACUCGCCCAUUGCAAUGUCGCAUCUUGCUCUCCAUUACACCCCAUUGCACACACUGUUGUCGGUGUCUGGAGACAGUUGGGUUUUCAACAAAAAGGUGCUGCAAGCCACCGAUUUCAUGGAACAUCAGAGACAGCUGGAGAAGUGGCGAGACUCUGGUAGCGCCGCUGUUGCUGCCGCCUUUGCCGCCCGGGCUCUUAAGCUCUUCCUCGGUCUACAGAGGUGUGUGAACAAGGACGGAAGCGCCUCGAUUCCGCCUCAGUUCCAGCGCACGCAGCAGAAAGAGAUUUCUGACUUUUGGGGGAUUUAUGUGUGCUCUCUUAUCUGCUGGGCUUUUGGGCAUGUCGGUAACGGCAACAGCCGCACUGAAGCUAAGGCGCCGACUCGGAGGGCCGCGAUCCAGUGGAUCUUGAAGGUGUCGGACAUGGAACCCGGCCGCAUCCAGCAAAUGUCCGAGCAAGAGAAGCAGGUUGGCUCUGGCGCCGUCAAUCUCGCUCGCGCAUCGCUCGAGAAGGAUUGUCUGGGCGGAAGAAACAUCCUGCUGGCCGAUGCCGUCGGCGUUUUGAAGAAGCUAGAGGAGGGCGAUAACUAUAGACGAUUUUAA